GUCGUGUACGUCACACUCAUGCUGCCGGAAAGCGACAAUUACAAAUAUAUUAAUCACAAUUUUACAGCGAUAGCAGCUGCAGCAUAUUUUUAGUGGUUUUUUUUUAAAUAAAAAUGUCGGGAAAGGCUAAAGAGAUUUUACAGUUGGACCUGUAUGGUUUACUCGGUAUAGAAAGCGUUGCUACAACGAAAGAGAUUAAAAAAGCAUACAGACAGAAAGCUUUGACAUGCCAUCCAGACAAGAACCCAGACAACCCAAAAGCAGCGGAGCUCUUCCACCAGUUGUCUCAGGCUCUUGAAGUUCUCACUGAUGCUGCUGCGAGAGCUGCCUAUGACAAGAUUUGUGCUGCCAAGAAACAAGCAGAAGAAAGAAACCGGAAACUAGAUGAUAAAAGGAAGAAAAUUAAACUUGACUUGGAGGCCAGAGAGAGACGAGCAGAAACUCAAAGCCAAGAUGAGGUGCAAAUCACAAGAACGCUCGAACAAGAGAUUGCYCGUUUACGAGAGGAGGGAUCCAGACAGCUUGAAGAAGAACAGAGGCUCGUCAGAGAGCAGAUUCAAAGAGAAAGAGAAGCCAAGCAUCAAUCAGGAGAACACACUCACAGAAAGUCUGGAGGGGAGAGAUGUUCCAAGAACAAUGUGACCCCCAAACUGAAGUUAAAAUGGAAGUGUAAAAAAGACGACGAGAGGAACGGAGGUUACUCCCAAGAUGUUCUUUUUAAACUAUUUAGUAAGUACGGCGAGGUUUUGAACGUGAUUGUAUCGARUAAGAAGAGAGGAAGUGCUGUGGUGGAGUUUACAUCUAUCAGAGCAGCUGAGCUGGCUGCUAUAAAUGAAAGUGGCCUGAGCGGUAACCCAUUGAAGAUUUCGUGGCUUGAAGGACAGCCUGAAGUUGUCGCUGCAGCCUCUCAAUCUGGCCAUUUCAUGUCUGCACAGGCGUCCCUGACAAACGAGCGCGACUACGAGAGCGUGGUGAUGAUGAGGAUGAGGCAGGCCGCCGAGCGUCAGAGGCUCAUCGAACAAAUGCAGCGAGAGGACGACGAAGAGGAAGUUGCCAAGUCAUAGCCUCUGAAGGUCCAGCUUGGAGAUAUCAAGUACAUCUGAUCCGGGCUUUAGUUUCAUAAAGCCUCUUAUGUGUUUUAGUUUUUURUGUAAUAUGCUGUGCAACAAAUAAACCAUUUUAACAAAAAGUUAAAA